GCGGGGCCGCCUGUCAGCGCGCGAGCGGCCGGGCUGCGCUCCGGCCCGGGGUCCGCGCCGGGGGUCCCGUCCCGCCCGCCGCCGGGCGCUGGCGGAGCGGGAGCCCCGCGGGAAGGCGAGGCGCGGUGAGUAAGGGGCCGACGGGCCCGCGCAGAGCAGAGGGGUUGCUGCCCUCACUCGCGGAGGCAGCGAUGGAGGCGGCAGUCUUAAAGCUGCUCCCGCCCGACCCAGGAGAUGAGGGCACGCAGCGGUGCCGCUUGGGACCUGCCGCGCUCUCCUUCCUGGGAGCCAGGAUCGGCGCCCCGCUGAGGAUCUCCUUGCCCGGCGGCUGCUGCCUGUGCACGGCGUGGCCCCGGCACGACCUAGCGGAUGGGUACCUGCAGGCCGACCUCAGCUGCAGCAGCGCGGGGCUGAGGGCGCGGCGGCUGCGCGGCCUCUCGCUGAGCGCGGGCCGGCUGCGGCCGCUGCCGCACCGGCAGCUGCGGGCGGCGGCCGUGAGAGUGGUCCUCAAGAGCGCCGCGCUGAAAAAGUCGACUCCCAGAGCGGUGUUGCAGGAGACCAUCAGAGAACUGCUAAGAAACGUGUACGUUGCGCCUCGUUAUGUUGUUACUGUUGCCCCGAGUCCCGAAAAUCCUGCGGUGUAUAUUGAAAUACUGUCUGCGUCUCCUUUGGUGGAGGAGGAGGGAGCUGGAUUGAUAACUCCCCAAACAAGCAUAAAAAUUAAGGAGGUGAUCACUUUAGAAUGGUACAGACAUCUGUCCGAAGACACUGCAAAAACUCCAAUUGCAGGACUGGAUGAUGUAGCGAAGUCUUUGAAAGAAAUUAUUGAUCUGCCUUUCCGCUUUCCAAAAACUUUCAAGAAGCUGGGUCUUUCUGUCCCUAAUGGAGUGCUGUUAAUUGGGCCCCCAGGUGUGGGGAAAACUCUAAUGGUAAAGGCAGUAGCCAAAGAGCUGGGUGCAUAUCUGUUUGGCAUCAGUGGCCCGGCCCUCCAUGGUUCAAGACCAGGAGAAGGUGAAGAGAAUUUGCGAAGAGUCUUUGAAAAGGGCAGAGAGAUGUCAAACGAGGGCCCAACCAUUCUCUUUUUUGAUGAGAUUGAUUCAUUAUGCCCAAAGCGAGGAAAUUCAAACAAUUCUCCUGAAGAUCGUAUUGUUGCUCAGUUGCUGACGCUGCUGGAUGGUGUAGGGAGUGAGGGUAAGAUGGUCAUUGUGGCAGCAACAAACCGGCCUGAUGCCAUAGACCCUGCACUGAGAAGACCUGGCAGAUUUGACAGAGAGGUUAUUAUCGGGACCCCAACAGUUACACAGAGAGGAUGCAUCCUGCAGUUGCUUACAUCGGACAUGCCCAUUUCUGCAGAGGUUGAUUUGGCUAAGCUGGCAGAAAUGACCACUGGGUAUGUUGGAGCUGACCUUACAGCACUCUGCAGAGAAGCUGCCAUGCAGGCUGUGUCCCACAGCUCUUUGGAUUCAACUGAAACUGAAACCAUGAUCAACAUGGGAGAUUUCCAAGAAGCUUUUAAAAAAAUUCAACCAUCCUCUUUUCGAAGUGCAGUUGGACUAACAGAGUGCAAACCUGUAACUUGGGAGCAAAUUGGUGGUCUUGAUGAUGUGAAAUUAAAGUUAAAACAGAGUAUUGAGUGGCCUAUGAAAUUUCCUGAGGCGUUUGCCAGGAUGGGCCUGUCUCAUCCCAAGGGUAUUCUUCUCUAUGGGCCACCUGGGUGUGCCAAAACCACGCUGGUGAAGGCUGUGGCCACAAGUUGUCACUGUUCCUUUCUGUCUGUAAGUGGUGCUGACCUGUUCUCACCUUACGUUGGAGAUUCAGAGAAGAUUUUGUCUCAGGUUUUUCGCCAAGCAAGAGCAAAUACUCCAGCAAUAAUAUUCCUAGAUGAGAUUGAUUCUAUCCUGGGAUCUCGGUCACUCUGCAGAACUGGCCAUGGUGUCUCAGAGCGGGUUCUUUCUGUUCUUCUCAAUGAACUGGAUGGGGUUGGGCUGAAAGUUACAGAAAGAAGAGGAGGCAAGCUACAGCUUGAGGCUCAGUGCCAAGAACAAAGUGAUGAGGAAAGAAAGGUAUUUUUGCUCCCUGUUCUGUAUAGGAGGAAGGAGAAGUGUUGUCUAGUUGUUUCAAAAAUUUUAGUUGUUGACAUUCCCAUUUUAAACUUAAAAUCCUCAAACUUAAAAACAUACAAGGAGCUGUUUUACUCUAUCAUAAUUACUUGUUUUUAGAAGAUACUGUAUAUAGGCUGCUGAUUGUUUUUACGUACACUGUUUCUCAGUGAGGCUUUGUUUGAACAAAAUACCCACACAGGCUAAUGAGUAUUACUAGUUGGGUGUUCAUCUUCUGUCACAAAAAUCCUUUCCUUGAAACUAAAGAAAUUUUUUAGAUUGAUUGCGUGAUUUUUAGUCUUAAAUAAAUUUUUCCCUGAGCUUACUUUUUAUAAAUAUUUUCCCUACUUCAUUUGCAGUUCUUUCUCACACAUAAUGCAUACAAAAGCAGCACAGUUAUGAUCAGUUAGUUAUUUAAACAAAAACUUAUACCUUCACUUGUCAAUGAAUUGUUCACAACAUUUAAUAUUUAGCUUUUUUGUAUAUAUAUUUUUUCUUAUGUUGAUACUUUCAGAGGGAAUAAUAAAGAAAACAGUUCCAGAAUUGUAGGAUACUGAUUUUUUUGCAUAUAAAAAGUUGUUUGUUACAAUCUGGUCAAAGAAAAGUCUUCAUUGCCAAGGCAGAUAUUAACUGUAUUUCUUCUUUGUCAUGUAAUCUGCACUGCACCAAGGCAAUUUUUAACUUCAAGAAA